AACUUACGAGAGCAAUCUGACAUGCCCAAAACACCUAUUGUUUCGAAUUUUUUAGAUUAAUUAAUUAAUCAGUGAUAUGCAGAUAAAGUACGUGCUGUGAUAUUUUAUUAUUUAUUGUUUAAUAAGUUUUUUUAAGGGUGGAGUAUUUCUCUAUCAUGGUGAAAUGUUUUAGUAAUUAGUCGAGUUAAUAAUGAAGAUCAACGCUACGAAAAUGACUACUCCUAUAGAGGAAAAGAUCGAUUUGGAACAGAAACUUAAGGUUCGUUCUGGGAUGGUCACUGUGAGUGAUGGUAAAAGUGAACCACAGCCUGCUAGAAUUCAGUUGUCCAUGGAGGUACUCACAUUGCAAAAAGAAGAGCUAUUAUUUAUCAAUCAGUCUGCUGGCCCUACACAUACUCGAGAGCGAAUGGUGCAAAUUACAAGGCAGAAAGUUGGCGGAUUAGGUCUGAGUAUUAAAGGAGGUGCGGAACAUAAGCUUCCAAUACUAAUAUCUAGAAUAUAUAAAGAUCAAGCUGCGGAUAUAACAGGACAAUUAUUUGUGGGUGAUGCAAUUAUUAAAGUAAAUGGAGAGUAUAUUACUGCCUGUAUCCACGAUGAUGCAGUAAAUAUUUUGAGGAAUGCUGGAGAUUUAGUUGUGCUGACAGUUAAACAUUAUAGGGCAGCAACGCCUUUUCUACAAAAGCAGUUGUCCAAAGAAGGCCCUGAGCUUGAUAAUGCAGAAACUUGUGCAGAGCUACAGGCUGAUGAAGGGUGGAAAUCAGCUUCUGAAAGCCGACCUACUUCUAUGACUUCAGAGCCAGAAAAAAGAUGGAUUGAUGUCAUUACUGUUCCUUUAAUGAUGGCAUAUGUGACUAGAUAUAUGUUUGGUACUGAUAAAUUGAGACCAAAUGCUUUCGAAGUUCGUGGAUUAAAUGGAGCUACUACUGGUGUCAUAUACUGUGAUGAUCUAGCAAUCCUCUCACAAUGGUUAAAAUAUAUUACUGAUAAUAUAGUGGGGUUAACACAUUUACAAAUGAAAUUGUACAAUCGCAACUUUGUAGUAGGAGAGAGAAUUGAAUAUAUGGGUUGGGUUAAUGAAGGAAUUAUGAACAACAAUCAGCCAUGGCAGAGUUAUAAGCCAAGAUUUCUUACAUUAAAAGGAACUGAUGUUAUGUUAUUUGAUUCACCUCCACUGAAUGUUGCUGGAUUGUCAAAGUGCCCCUUGGUAUUUAAAGUCUACCAAACAAUGUUUCGUAUUGUCAAAGAUUCUGAAAAUGUUGACUCCCGUCAGCAUUGUUUUCUCUUACGCAGUUCUGGCUUAGAACCUAGGUAUUUGAGUGUGGAAACCAGGCAAGAACUUCUUAGGAUAGAAAGUGCUUGGCAUGCAGCGAUUGUCACAAGCGUAAUUAAAUUAGGGAAAAAAACGUUUGGUGUAUCACAUUGUGGUCGGCCAUGUGGCUUGACUUUGGACUGGAAUCAUGGAUUUUCAUUGGGUGAUUCUGAUGGUGUCACAUUAUGGCAGUAUAAAUUUUCACAAUUAAGGGGUUCUAGUGAUGAUGGAAAAACAAGGCUAAAACUUCACUUCCAAGACAGUGAUACUCGUACCAUUGAGACAAAGGAAUUGGAUUGCUCAAUUUUGCAAAGUCUGCUUUAUUGCAUGCAUGCAUUCCUUACAGCAAAAGUGGUUUUUGUAGAUCCAGAAUUUUUAAGUUCAACUCAACAAGCUUAAACAGGAUACUGGUAGCUUUCAAUUCUUGAAAUAUUAAAUUUAAUGUUUCAAAUUCAAAAGGUUAUUGGGUUAAUAUGUU